AUGCAACUUAUGUUUGAUCUUAAUGCAACUUUUCUAAAUUAUUCUACAAUCAAUAAUAAUUACAAUGAAUAUGACAAACAAGAGUAUUGUACGACAACUAAAUCACAAAUAUGUCACAAAAUGUCGCCUAAUAAAAUUAUUGCUCAAUCAACUCUCGAGUAUUUUUUGGCCAUGAUUUGUGACCUGAAAGUUGAUCCGAAAAUGCGACGACGUCUUGGACUACGAUAUACCGACACACCUGAAGUGCAAAAAUUACUUAUGAAAUUAAAACGAAAGCAAUAUGUAAAGAAUGAAUUAGCAUACAUUGAUGCUAACGUAAUUAUUACUACUUUGAAGGAGAUACUAAAUAAUUUUCCGUGUGGUAUAUUUGAUGAUCGAUGGGAGGAAUUUUUAUCUGUUUCACUUGGAUCAUCACUUCAGACAGCACUUGUAUACGUAAAUGGUUUAAUCCUACAAUUGCCAUAUUUUCUACGUCAAUUCACUUAUCUGAUUUGCCGAUCACUCAAAAAUUUGAUCCAACAAUCAGCUGGCUCAACAACAGAUGCAUAUACAGAUGCUUUGCUAUUAUUCACGCCAACACUUUUCCCAAAUUCGGUCCGUGAAAUUAAUCGUUUCUUACGGGCAGCUCGAAUAUCACUCAUUUUAAUUGACUUAUGUGACGUUGUUUUCCGCCCAUUUCUUCCACUUACAAUAUGCGCCAGUACAAAUGAUGACGAUUUCUUUCAUGAUAUAUUAAACAGUUUGACGUAUCUUUGCAACUGUCUAAAUUCGGAUAUUGUAAACAAUGAAAUCAAAAAUGGUAAUGAAGCUAAUGACGAUGAUGAUAAUAAAGGUGAUGAUGAUAUCGAGAAUGAUAGUGAUAAUGAUAAUGACGGCAUGUUAUGCUCGAUGAAGAAAUUGCCUGAUGCUACUAGUUAUUAUCAGAUUACUUAUCUUGUAGACUAA